AUGUCUGGGGAAGCUUGGCUAUAUAUACUAUCAGUGAUUGUGAACGCUGUAAACUUGUUCCUACAAGUUUUCUUCACUAUCAUGUACAGUGAUUUGGAAUGUGAUUACAUAAAUCCAAUUGAGCUUUGCAACAAAUUGAACAACUAUAUUGUUCCUGAGGCAUGCAUCCACGGAGUUUUAACUUUAUUGUUCCUUUUGAACGGUCAAUGGUUUUCAUUUUUACUUAAUUUGCCUUUACUUGCCUACAAUGCUAAUAAGAUCUACAAAAAGAACUACAUGUUAGAUGCAACUGAAAUAUUUAGAACGCUUUCAAAGCACAAGAAGGAGUCUUUUAUUAAACUAGGAUUCCACUUACUAAUGUUCUUCUAUUAUUUGUACAGGAUGAUUGCUGCAUUGAUAGCAGAUGAGGAUCUCGAUUAG